GACAGUUUACACGAGCUCCACACGACAGGGCGGGGCUUGUUUUCAAACUCCAGACGCAGGCACAUACCAAUGAAGAUGGCGGCGGUGGGGUCCGCCAAAUCCGCUGGACCGGGGCAGAGAGGCAAAACAAGGCCUGUCGCUCUCUCUGCACCUCUGACUCUGGAGGAAGCCAGGUGCCCGGUAUGUUCAGAAAUACUGCUGGAGCCCGUAACGAUGCCAUGCGGACACUCGGUCUGCCUGCAUUGCUUCCAACGGACGGUGAAGUUGAUCAGUCUGUGUUGUCCGCUGUGCCGGCUGCGGGUGUCCAGCUGGGCCCGUAAACAGUCCCGGGAGAAGGGCCUGGUCAAUACCGAACUCUGGGACCUGGUUCGCCUCAGUCACCCGGAAAGGUGUAAACGGAGGAUGGAGCAGAGAGAUGUGGAGACGCCGGACGGAGAUAUUUUCAGAGCACCUGUACCCAUUCAUAAACCAAGGGAAAUGCAGAAAGAGUAUGAAAAACAAAAAAUCAAGGGUGGAGGCGGUGAUGAAACUGAGGAGAGAAAGAAAAAAGUCCCUUUGCGGAGAAAGGAAGAGUGUGGGAUGCUCAAGCAUUGUCAACAUCCUUUCUGCGGAGUUUCAGACUCUGAGAAUGAAGAGCCCAUAGGAAAGAGGACCCGACAUGUGUCUGCGUUUGUGAGAAAGACAAGGUGCUCCCCUGCUUUCAAUAGAAGUUGCCUUCAUAGCAGUGCCGUUCAGCGGAGCAGGAGCUGCACAGACUCUGAGGAUGGCAGAGGGAAAAAUAAAAGUCACACACACCAUGCUGUCCCUGAAAAGGCCAACAUCACUCAUAGUUACAAUGCUGGAAUUCUUCUGUCUUCUGAGAACAGUCGGUCAUUCUCUGCCCCGCUACUCAGUCUAGAUAAGAAGCACCACUGGCGGGGUGUCCACACGUCUGCCGCCUCACUUCUGCUUCAAACAAAAUGUGAGAGGUCCAUUAGCCCUGAGAGCAACGAUAGCAUAUCAGAAGAACUCAAUCACUUCAAGCCUAUCGUCUGCUCGCCAUGCACUCCCCCCAAACGACUGCCUGACGGGCGACUUUUGGAACCGAUGAUUGUGAAGUCAACCCCCAGGAACUUGACACGCACUCUGCACAAGUCCACGAGCUACGAGGCCAGCCCCAGCAUCCUGCAGAAGUGGAAGCAAAUCGAGGUGGACCGUCAGUGCAUCAAGGUGAUAUCCAAAGGUACCGUCACAAGUCCGAUUGAGGAGGAUCUUAGCCUUAAAUUGAGUCCCGUUGAAGAGCAGGACAGCCAACCUUGCAGUUUUGUUGUAGCCAAGGAUGGUUUUCAGGAUCCCCAAUACGUUUGCAGCGCAAGUGCAAGAUCAUGUAAAAAUCGGAAGGAAAAACAUGCCGUUUCUAACAAGCGCCGGCUUGUUUUUGAUCAGGGUACCAAAGAGGAAGGUACACCACCAGCUAGUGCUCUCAUUAGUUUGACGACUCAUGCUGUCGCAGAUACUCAAGAAGGGCACAGCAGAUGUGAAACACUUUGUAAAUACAGACCGGAAGUGAACGAAACUAUGUUCGACAAGUGUGUUAAACAUUGUAAUCAAAGUACUGUAGACCCCGAUAACCUUAUAAAUGACUCCGCUACCAGGAGUUGUGUACUUAACAGACCUACCUCAAGAAGGGGCAAAAAGAAAAGCCACAAAACCAAACAUUUAGAAGACACUGUACAAGCAAAGAGAUCUAGGACAGACUGUUGCAAUGCCUGCGACAGGUUUGACGAUCUGAUCAUUCGACGAAUGAAUCAGGAAAAGGUCGACAGAAAUCUGGCGCUGAAGCUGCAAAGACAAUUUGACAGAGAAUCUCAAAAAGUGGACAGACACAAGACAAGCUGUAACAAAUAUGAACUACGGUCCUGGGCCACAAAGGAUGGUGUAGUGGGACGUAAUACACGAAGAUCAGGACGAAUCUCUAAAAGAAACGAGCACUUUAACGAUAGUUGUUAAAGGGACUACACUUAUAGUUGUGUUUGUUGUAGUUAUUAGUCACUUAGAGUUUUCCAUGUUAAGGCACUAAAGAGGUUUCCUAACAUCUGGAUAAGUAUGGCAAGUAAUGCAAGAAAAGUAUUUACCCAUUUCGCUUGUCAUUUAGCAGACGCUUUUGUCCAAAGGGACUGGAAAUACAUCAGAGUAACAUGGGCUCAGGUGCCUUGACACUCUGAGGCACAAAAUCUUUAGGAUACACUGUAAAAAGACCCAAGUGUUGGGUCAAAAAGGGAUGGACCCAACCGUUGGGUUGUAAAUAAUCUAGGGCUAUCAAACGAUUAAAUGCAAAAAUGUUUUGUGCAUAUUAAUCUUUCAUGUAUAAACACAUACACACAGAUGUUUAUAUAUUUAGAAAAUAUUUACAUGUUUUUAUGUAUAUUUACCAAUAAUUUAAAUUAUAUAAAAUGUUAAUUAAUUUUCUAUUUUUGUAUAAAUAUAGGCAUGUUUGUGUAUGUUUUUAUAAGUUCAAAACGAAUCUGCACAGUACACAACAUAUAUUAUGUAAACAAAUUUUUUGUUCUAGAUGGGAUUGAUCAUUUGACAGCCCUAAAAUGAACCUAUGUUGGGUUGUUUUAACCCAACGGCUGGGUUCAUCUCUUAGUGACGCAUUGCUGGGUUGAAAACCCAAUAAUUGGGCUUUGAGCAACUUUCCUCUUGAUUUGGAUCUGGAUUUAAACCUGCAGUGUUUUCAGUUCAGUUAUUGUUUAUUAGAGAAAUCAAGUUAUGAAUCUUUGACGGACAGAGAUAUAUAAAGCCAGAGAUAACAGUAUCCCUUACAAUCGCUCUUUGCUUAUCACGAUUUGUUUGGACGUUUGAAAAAUCACAGGACAUGUAUUAAAACAGAUGUGGUUUUGUACCAAAAUGUAGCAUAACUCUACAGUAGGGAUGUAACGAUUCACCGUGAGCCCGUUGAAAAUCGAUUACAAUGUGAGGUGUGAACUGAAUCGCAAAAAAUUUUUGGGGCCACCAUGUUCACUGCAAACCUAAACGUGGACAUGCUGAUAUUUCUGAAAUGCAAAAAAAUCAAAGAAAAGCACAGACAGUAUUAGUUUGUUUAUAUUAAAGAGACAUUUUCUAUUAUUAAUUUGUUUUAAAAUUGCAGUUUAGUUUUGUUCUGUGAAAUAAACAUAAUUUAUUAUAUAAAGAAACGUGAAGCAUUUAAGAAAUAAUGCAAGGGAAGUUGUUCAUUUCUCAUUUUUUUCAACUCAUUUUGUAAAAAUAAAUUGUGAAUAAAUCGCAUGGUGAGAUCAGAAUCGUGCAUCGCAUCCUGAAUCGCUCCAUCCCUACUCUACAGUAUUUUUUAUAUUAUUCUGAUUUUCUAGUGUAUGGGGAAAUUUUCUCUUAAAUCAUUCAUCUGUAAGUCAUUAUUUGGGUGGGAAGAGUAAAACUUAGUGCAAGAGUAUAGCAGAGAAAACAUUCCUCGCAAGUACGCAAACAUAAAACUAAUAUUUACUUCUGCAACAAACUUGCCUCACAUCAAACUCUUCUGCUUUACUAUUGGAGAGGCACUUAAGCCAAUCAUAUACUGUAAUGGCCGCGGUUGUAAUGAAAUGUAGUAGUCAUGUGAUGGAAUUAUAGUUUUACUAUAGUCACGUACAGUUUGUUUUGCACAGUUACUUGUCAUGAUUUUAGAUUGUUUGUUACAAACAUCCUCAUUCGCGCUUUGUGUUGUAUGUCUACUCCGAGCUGUUAUUGGUCAUCUUGGUAAUUAGAGACCCCCCACUUUGUGUUACAACAGUAUAAUUACUACUUGAUAGCAUACGUACAACUGGCAGAUGCUGUUUUCUUAUCUGCCCUACUUCUCUGAGACGUUUGCUGUCAGAUGUCAUAUGUAUACCUCUAGGUGAUCUCUGUAAGAUGUGUAUGAGUUAGAAUGGAUAUACAACAGCUCUUUAUAAGAUGUUUAUAUGAUGUUUUUACACUACAGAUGUUUUCCAGAUCUUAAGCAGACAUCUUACAGAUGUAUGUGGGCUGUGACACACCAAACCAACAUCAAAGAACUAGCGGCAACAAAAGCAGAUUGUGUAUAUGUUAUAGUGUUUUUCUAAGGUUAGAUUCUAUUAUUAAGACCUCAAAUAUAAAAAUAUAUGUGACCCUGGCUCACAAAACCAGUCAUAAGUAGCAUGGGUGUAUUUGUAGCAAUAGCCAACAAAAUAUUAUAUGGGCCAAAUUUAUCGAUUUAUCUUUUAUGCCAAGAUCAUUAUUAAGUAAAUUAAUAUUAAAUUACUAAACAAUUAAUUUUAAGUAAAGAUCAUGUUCAAUUAAGACAUUUUGUAAAUUUUCUACCGUAAAUAUAUAUAAAAACUUUAUUUCUGUGAGUGGAAGCAGCAAAAUCACGAACAAAAAUGCCAGGAAACUUUGCUACUUCUGCCCACAUUUUUGAAAUAACCCACUCAAGUGUGGUAUCUUUGUAAAGCUUAGAAAUUCGGCUUUUGGGUUCAUCUAUUUUCCACAACGUCAUUAAAGCAGUAAGCCAAUAGAGAGCAUUAAAACAAACCCAUUUCUUCUUAGCAACGGCAACUUCAAAUAUAUCUCAGCCAAAUACUGUCCUAACAAAGCAUACAACAAUGUAAAGCUUAAUCAUUUCAGAUUAUGUAUACAUCUCAUUUUCAGAAAAUUGCCUACUAUGACUGCUGUCCAGGGCACAAAUCAGAUUGAUUUCUCUCACUUCUUUCAUUGUUUUGACACAUUUUGCAAUGCGAUGGCACAUGAAAUCAAAUUUGCAUAGCGAGAAUCACUAUGUUUGCGUAGUUGUGUUGAGUAUGUUUGUGACCUAGCAGUGUGCAGAUGCUUCUUACUUAUUAUAACUGCUUUCAAAUGUAUUGCUCUUUUAAAGGCACCAUGCGAGAAUGUUGAGUUUAGUUUGGGUAUGCAAUCAGACGGUUUUAUUUUUCAUUUGAAUUAAUUUUAAAAUUCAACUUUUUUAACGCCUACAUUUAUUUAGAUAACAGUUUGGACAAGUUAACAUAUUUGAACACUUCUACAAAUGGUUUGCAUGUGACGCCAGAAUAAAAAAAGACCUUGAUCCAAUAACACAUAAAACAAAUAUUUAAAUUAACCUAAACUUUUUUUUCUGUCACUUCAACUGCAAAACACUUUGAAGGGCUAUGCUUUUUCAUUUCUAAACUUUAUCUUAUAAGCAUUUAUUAGAGAAAUCUAUUUUGCGGUCACCAAGACCGUUUAAAGAUGUUUCUUCUGCUGAAAAUGGAACAUACACUUGGGUCUUGAGUAUGCUCAUACAUUUGUUCUUGCUUAUUUUCAUCUUGAUCUUAAUUUUUGUAUCAUAUUUUCAUUGUAUAGAUAGUCGUUUAUUUCUGUGUAAUGUGCUAAUAUGGCUGGUAUCUGGAAAUUUGGCCACUUUCCCUUUAUUUUUUCCUUUUACAGAUUAUUUUCCUUUUAAUAAUUCCUGUAUAGGCUACAAAAUGUAGUGGAAGUUAGUAGAUUAUUAUUCAUUGCUGUACUAUAGUGAAAUACAACUACUUGCCUAUAUUUAUACUGAUUCAAAGACAUUGUUAUGGAUUGUGUGACUGGCUUUCAAAGCACUUGGAGUCUUCCAUUGUUUUUCUUUGCUGGGUUUGAGAGAAUGUUGAUUUUUUUGGAGGUGUAAAACAUGCAUAUUUAUUUAAACAGUACUUUGUGAUGACGUACAGUGGAGAAAUAUGGCCUUUUAAAAAUAGAAUUGUCUUAUUUUUUAUUUGCCACAACACUAAUACAGUAUAUUGUAUAACAGGAAUGAGAAGAGUAGCUUUCAUUCAAAUUUUUAUUUUGAUUUGCCUUUUUUAAAAAGUAGGUCUUCAAUGUGUUUUAUGGGAUGCUCAAGGGGGUGAAAUGUUUCUGUUGUAAAGACUGCAUUGAUUUCUUUUGGCAUUCGGUUUUCGAAACCUUUCUUGAUCAACUCUAUAUUACUGUCAUGUUAUUUUUAUUUGCACAUUUGUUUUGUAUAUCAAAGGAAUGGAAAAGACAAUAAAUUUGAAGACAAUUA